ACGGAAGGUCUCUUUCGAAGAUCAGUCGCCGUUCACAUCAUCAAAGACAUCCAGAAGCUGUAUAAUCUGGGGAAGGCCGUGAAUUUUGAUGAGUAUACUGAUCCGCACAUACCUGCUGGAAUCCUGAAGACCUUUCUGCGUGAACUGCCAGAACCUCUGCUGACCUUCAUCUCUUACCAACGCAUCCUGAGGAUCACCAGUGUGGAGAGUAUCCUGCGUGUAAACAGCUGUAAAGAAAUUGUACACAGACUCCCGGAUCAUAACUACGCCGUGCUGAAAUAUCUCAUCUCUUUUCUGAAUAUGAUAUCUCAGGAGAACAUCAACAACAAGAUGACCGCCUCAAACCUGGGCUGUGUGUUUGGACUGAAUUUGGUGUGGCCACAGGAAGGAGUCCCAUCCAUCAAUGCCCUGGUCCCAGUAAACAUGUUCACAGAACUGCUUAUAGAAUUCUAUCCACAAAUCUUCAGCUCCAGGACUGUCCUGGGUGAGAAA